AUGUUUUAUUGCGGUCGACCGCUAUCGGAAUAUUGUGAAGCCGACCAGAGAGCCCUGGACGACGCGUCGUGCUCAUUCGUUGAUGGCUGUUUCCUGGUUCACGUCUGCCACUGUUUCUUCACCACUGUUUAUCACACAGCGUUUGCAACCGUUGGCACUCGAAAAUACAACACUGUGCGGCUAUGUAAGCGUUUCCUUUACAUUUAA